GCGAGCGCGCGAGCAGCCGCCGCCGCCCUGAGCACCCUAAGCUCCCGCGCCGCGGCGAGAUCUGGGAGAGAGCCGCCGACGGACCCUCGCAGCCGCAGCAUUCCGGACGAGAAUAUGCUUGCCAAUUCAGCCAGCGUGCGGAUUCUUAUCAAGGGAGGCAAGGUGGUGAACGAUGACUGUACCCAUGAAGCAGAUGUCUACAUCGAGAAUGGCAUCAUCCAGCAGGUGGGCCGUGAGCUCAUGAUCCCCGGAGGGGCCAAGGUGAUCGAUGCCACUGGGAAACUGGUGAUCCCCGGAGGCAUUGACACUAGCACCCACUUCCACCAGACCUUCAUGAAUGCCACAUGCGUGGACGACUUCUACCAUGGGACCAAGGCAGCACUUGUUGGAGGAACCACCAUGAUCAUUGGCCAUGUCCUGCCUGACAAGGAGACCUCCCUUGUGGAUGCCUAUGAAAAGUGCCGGAGUCUGGCCGACCCGAAGGUCUGCUGCGACUACGCCCUUCAUGUGGGGAUCACCUGGUGGGCGCCCAAGGUGAAAGCAGAAAUGGAGACGCUGGUGAGGGAGAAGGGCGUCAACUCAUUCCAGAUGUUUAUGACCUACAAGGACUUGUACAUGCUUCGAGACAGUGAGCUGUACCAAGUGUUCUACGCCUGCAAGGACAUUGGGGCAAUCCCUCGAGUUCAUGCUGAAAAUGGGGAGCUUGUGGCUGAGGGUGCUAAGGAGGCAUUAGAUUUGGGUAUCACUGGCCCAGAAGGAAUCGAGAUCAGCCGUCCAGAGGAGCUGGAAGUGGAAGCCACUCAUCGUGUCAUCACCAUUGCAAAUAGGACUCAUUGUCCCAUCUACCUGGUUAAUGUGUCCAGCAUCUCCGCGGGUGACGUUAUCGCAGCUGCUAAGAUGCAAGGGAAGGUGGUAUUGGCUGAGACCACCACUGCACAUGCCACACUGACAGGCUUGCACUACUACCACCAGGACUGGUCCCACGCAGCUGCCUAUGUCACAGUGCCUCCUUUGAGACUGGACACCAAUACCUCCACCUACCUCAUGAGCCUGCUGGCCAAUGACACUCUGAACAUUGUGGCGUCAGAUCAUCGGCCAUUCACCACAAAGCAGAAAGCGAUGGGGAAAGAGGAUUUCACUAAAAUCCCACACGGAGUGAGUGGUGUACAGGACCGCAUGAGUGUCAUCUGGGAGCGUGGAGUGGUGGGAGGAAAGAUGGAUGAGAACCGUUUUGUCGCUGUCACCAGUUCCAAUGCAGCAAAGAUCCUCAACCUGUAUCCCCGCAAGGGCCGCAUCAUCCCUGGCGCUGACGCAGAUGUGGUGGUGUGGGAUCCAGAAGCCACAAAGACCAUCUCUGCCAGCACCCAAGUGCAGGGGGGAGACUUCAACCUGUACGAGAGCAUGCGCUGCCACGGCGUGCCACUGGUCACCAUCAGCCGGGGGCGUGUGGUCUACGAGAACGGCGUUUUCAUGUGUGCAGAGGGCACCGGCAAGUUCUGCCCAUUGCGGUCCUUCCCUGACACUGUCUACAAGAAGCUGGUCCAGCGAGAGAAGACCUCAAAGGUGAGGGGCGUGGACCGCACACCCUACCUGGGAGACGUUGCAGUUGUUGUGCAUCCUGGGAAGAAAGAGAUGGGCACGCCGCUGGCAGACACCCCUACACGGCCGGUCACCCGACAUGGGGGCAUGCGGGACCUGCAUGAGUCCAGCUUCAGCCUCUCUGGUUCUCAGAUCGACGACCACGUCCCAAAGCGAGCCUCCGCCCGGAUUCUCGCGCCCCCUGGAGGCAGGUCAAGCGGCAUUUGGUAAAGGCACCGAGCGACCACGCCCCUGCAAGGGAGGAUACGCUGCUGCCACCUGCACCCGCAGCUGCAAGGGGCGGGAGAGGCUGGGCUGGGCAGAGCACCGCCUACAGGAGCCCAGGACCCGGGGAGCCCCCUCGCCAGAACGUGAUUCACUGGGCUUCAAGCCAACCAUAACAGGCACUUUGAGCUGUCCUCCUGCUGUGCUCCUCUCCUGCCUUGGCCUGGGUGGGCUUCUCUGGGCCCUGGGAACCCACACUAUGCACAGAGCCCAAUGCAUAGCACCUGCCCAGCCCCUCCUGUCACCACUGCCUCUUGUGCUGGCUCUAGGAAGGUCCAGACUUUAGUGCCCUGGCCCUAGCCACCCAGCCUGGUGUCCAGAGCACUUUAGCAGAUGCAUUUUAUAAGACCUCCCUCUCCUACCCCCCUAUUAGGCCCUGCACUGACAUUUCCCAAGUCAGACAGGUGUCCGCUCCCCAGCCAUGCCCAGGACAUCCUGGGUGUGGGUGUGGUUGGGACGCCCUGUGCCCUUUGCCAGCUUCUUUGUGCUCCACACCCACACCCACUGGGAGGCCCAAGCCCAGCAGGGUAGCUGGGCACGAGUCCAAGGCUGGUGCCAGGCGCGUGUAAAUGGUUUUGUUUUGCACGUUUGGUUUGCGCAGUGGUUUGGUUUGACUUGUUUAUGCAUCCUGUGGAAAAUAACGGUGCUUCGUGUCACUAGCAUAGCAUAGAAACAGGAGUAGAUGUGGUCGUAGGAGAUGCUGCACUCACCACCAACCAGAGAGCACAGGGCGGGGCGCGAGGGCCUGCAGCCCCUCUCCCCCUGCCCGGGCUUCUCCAGCUGCUACAGGCCCUGGGCCAGGCCCUUCUCCUCCCCUCCCCUCAUGGUCAGGUUUCCUUCAUUUGGAGAGGAGGCCUUGAUGCUAGCCCUGGAGACUUGCAUGCAGCAGGGUGAUCCUUCUCAUCGUUGCCCCUGGUCACUCCCAGCACUAACACACACACACACACACACACACACACACACACACACCUUCCUGUACCUUUCUCCUGCUAGACAGAGGCCUGGCUACUCCUCCUCUGGGAUUGGCCAGAGGUCUUAUGCCUGCUGAGAGUGGAGAGUGGAGAGUGGUUGGUCCAAGGGACCAAGGAGGGAGGCUUCAGCCCACGGGCUGUAGAACCCACAUCUCCGGAACAGGUGCUGUGGUGUCCUGUGGUCAGUACCAUCUCCUCACUGGAAGUGGCUUCAUCGCCCUGCAUGUCCAGUCCUCUUCCUCAGAAGCUCCUCAGAGGCUCCCCCAACAGGAACCCUGGGGCUGGAGGGAUCAUCCACCCAAGCAAUCUGGGAACUAGCCCCGCCCCCUGCCCUUGAUACACCUUGUUUCCCCCUCAGGGAAGUGGCUUCAUGUCAUCCCUUUAGUUUGAGCCCCCCAAACUUGCAGGAGGCCCCUGGGCUCUUGACUAAUAGUCAUACCCUGAAUAUUACUGUAAUGCUUUUCAUGUAUCAAAGUGCUUCCAUAUGCAAGCUCUCACUUGUUCUUCAUGACAAUGGGACAUACGCAGUGGCACCUUGGUUCACAAGUACGUUGUUGCAAACAACUUGAUUUGCAAGCAGAUGCAUUAGGCAAAAAUUUAGUUUUGUUUGCAAACUCUGCAUUGGGUGACAAAUAGGACCGAAGCCAUCUUCCUCACACAAACACAAACAUGACCAUAUUUUCCAAAAUGAUAAAACAAAAUUAAAUUCAUGAACCAAGUCAGCACUGUAUUAUUCUCCCUAAUUUACAUAUGUGGGAACUGAGUCACAGAAGGUUUUGGCUAUCUGGCCCCAGAAGUAGGCCAUGACCACCUUUUGGCCUUGGCUGUCCAGCCUAGCUAUUGUGGGAAGACGUAGGGUAAUGGCUGUUGCUGCCCACCAAGAGUAUAACCAGCUUGAAGACUUACUCCCCAGUAGGCAUUCUGCUUUGUUUUGCACAAGUAGAUAGAUUUUUUUCUUCAACUUUGUUAUAAACAAAUUAAUGUGUAUUCUUGGUUUGAGCUGCAUCCUCAUCUUCCAUUCACUCCCAGUGUCCUCACUUAGGGGCUGAGAGGACAGAGAUAAUAACCCAGGGAUCAAAGGUAGCCAUAACAUAGAGGUAGGGACCUGGACUUGAGAAAGCCACCAUAGAUAAGGUAAACCAUGACACUGACCCCUGGGACCAUGCUUGUGAUCUCAUCCCUUUCAGCCCUUCCUGGGUCAUGGCCUUGGGCAGAUGCCAAAGAGCUACAUGGUGGUGGGGCCGGCUGAGCAGAGCACCCUGCUUGGGCUCACAAAGCUUUACCUUCUCGGAGUGCCUCCCCCCAAGGAUGCAUGACUCGGGGCACUGAGAGACCACAUCUUGGAGGAGUCCACAUGGGCCUUCCAUUUCACCCACCUCUACCCUUCCAUAGACGCUAUUCUUGCCCAGGAGCUUCUAGAUGGAAAUCAGAAGGAGGUUCAAGAAGCCAAAUGAAUAGUCACCCCCACAGCCAUCCCCUGCCCCAUGCAGAGAUCCAGCCAGCUCCGUCACCAGCCCCGAUGGCCCUUGGCUGGAACAAAAAGGGUCUCUGGUUGCACCGAAUGCAGCUCUCAAACUGGUCUUGUACUUGCUGAAUAAAUACUGUUGUUCUUGCCUUAGCUGCUCUCUAGGUUUGUGUGGUUAAGUUACCAGGAAAUUGUGCUACUCUGUGUGUGUGUGUGCGUGUGUGUGUGUAGUGCUAGGAGUCCACAGUAGGUCUCUGUCAAGCCAAUGCCAUGAUGAGGGCUUUUCCCAUACUGACCCAAAAAAGCCACAGAACCACGCGAAAACCCAAACCCUAUUCCAGCUGCUGAGGCAGCAGGCACAGCCUGGGGUCAGGAUGGAGCCUCCAGCACCCAAGUGACUUCCUCACUCCUCUGUAAAUGUCAUGGUGCUAAGAUUGUGUCAACCCCAAGAUGACACACAGUCCUGUGCUUUGGCCACCGUUCGAGGCAAAAACAAAACAGCCCAACACAUUGUGUUCUGGUGCAGGUUUGUAUUAAA